AAAGCUGGUAAUCGCAGGCCUGCCAAUAGCCGAAACCUCAUCAAUCAUCAUCUGAUAUUGAAACGAUCCAAUUAGGAAUAGUCACCAGCCCACCACCAACUUUGGGAAACCGUCCGUCCGUCCGUCCGUCCGUCAGCCAGCAUCCCAGCUCUCCUCCGACAGCUCUCUUUUAACCAAUUCCAGCAACUUUCCCUUUCCUUCUUCCCGCUCCACUCUUUGACCCUCUUCUCUCCUUCACAUCUUCACGUCUUCCCUUUAUACACUUCCACUUUGAAAGGGAGAAGAAGAGUAUCAAAGCCUCAAAGCUAAAUUUCAUCAAAACCUACACCAAGAUUCAAUCUUUGGCAUCUUUUGACUGAUUCAGAAUCCCAUCGUUUUGAUAAUGUAGAUACAACCCAGAUCACAGCAUCUUGAAUCUUUCUUUUUUUUGGUCCAUUCAACGCAAUAUUAUCAGGAUCAUGGAUACAGAAUCUCUCUCUCUUUUACCUUCGGGCAAAAUUAAAAUACUCACCCAAAAUCCAGCCGGAAAAGCAGACGAUGGCCCACAAACCUCAACCACAGCGUUGCUCUCGUUGAGCACAUAUUCUUCAUCUCCCACAGCACCCAAAGCCACAGCUAAAACAGUGCUCUUCAUCUCUCUCGUCCUCUCAACUUGUAUAGCUGUGUCUGCAGCUAUAGCCUUUGCUUACCUCUUCUUCGACGCCUCCCAUUCAUCGUCAUUACCACCGUCGCCUCCCGAUAUUGAAGUCUCCCGUCCGCUUAAUAAACUAAAAGGACCGGUUGUUCUCUUGGUUUCCUCAGAUGGGUUCAGGUUUGGAUACCAAUUCAAGACCGAUACUCCAAAUAUUCACAGAUUGAUAAAUAAUGGGACUGAAGCUGAGUCGGGUCUGAUCCCGGUUUUUCCAACUCUAACUUUCCCCAAUCAUUACUCAAUUGUCACUGGUUUGUACCCAGCAUAUCAUGGAAUUAUCAAUAAUUAUUUUACUGAUCCUAAAACUGGUGAGUUUUUCAGUAUGAGCAGUCAUGAGCCCAAGUGGUGGCUUGGGGAGCCUUUAUGGGAAACUGUGGCUAAUCACGGGUUGAAAGCUGCAACAUAUUUUUGGCCUGGUUCUGAGGUACAUAAAGGUUCUUGGAAUUGUCCUGCUAAUUGUUGUAUGCAAUAUGAUGGUUCUGUGCCUUUUGAAGAUAGAGUUGAUGCUGUGUUAAGGUACUUUGAUUUGCCUAGUGAUGAUAUGCCUGUUUUUAUGACAUUGUAUUUUGAGGACCCUGAUCAUCAGGGUCAUAAGGUUGGGCCUGAUGACCCUGAUAUUACUGAAGCUGUUGGUAGGAUUGAUAAGUUGAUUGGGAGGUUGAUUGAUGGUUUGGAAAAAAGAGGGGUUUUCGAGGAUGUGAAUAUCAUCAUGGUUGGUGAUCAUGGGAUGGUUGGUACUUGUGAUAAGAAGUUGAUAUUUUUAGAUGAUUUGGCUCCAUGGAUUCAAAUUCCAAAGGAGUGGGUUCAGUCGUAUAGCCCAUUGCUUGCAAUUCGCCCACCAUCAGGAACUUCUGUUAAGGAUGUUGUAGCUAAGAUGAAUGAGGGACUGAAGUCUGAUAAGGUUGGGAAUGGGAACAGAUUGAAAAUUUAUCUCAAGGAGGAGUUGCCGAGUAGGCUGCAUUACUGGGACAGCUACCGGAUUCCACCCAUUAUUGGUCUGAUUGAGGAAGGAUUUAAGGUGGAGCAGACAAAAUCGAGAAAGCAAGAAUGCGGAGGAGCACAUGGUUAUGAUAACGCAUUUUUCUCAAUGAGGACUAUUUUUAUUGCCCAUGGACCUCAGUUUGCAAGGGGACGCAAAGUUCCAUCUUUUGAAAAUGUUCAGAUAUAUAACUUGGUUACAACGAUUCUGAACAUACAAGGGGCUCCAAAUAAUGGGACAUUAUCAUUUCCACGGACAAUUCUUUUGCCUAGCCACUGAAUUGUUUAGUUUACUUACCAACAUGGAGUAUCAAGGAGGAGGUGGUUAUCCUUCCUGCAGUAUUCAUUUUCUUAUGUAAGAAACUCAUGGGUCAAGAUGGCGGGGCCUGUCUGAAGAGGUAAUUGCCGUGAUGCUCAAACUCAGUAGGCUCCAACAGCAUCACAGUUGAUUUUGAAGUGAUAGGCAAUCUGUUGGUCACUUGCUAUUCUCUCCCAAUGCAUAAUGUGUUGUAUCCAUCUUGCAGCUUAUAUGAGAACGGACGUAGCAUUUGGACCUUAGAUGUUGUAUAUGCUGUUCUUCUUGCGGUUUGUAUGCAGAGAAAUUCUGCAGUGGAUUAUACUGUUUGAUAAUUGUAUCCUUGCAUGUUUUGGAAUUA